AUGGGCUCCCAGCCAAGCAAGGCGACCCCCGCGAUGUCGUCGCGCUGGUCGGCCCUCCCGCCGGAGCUCGCGGACCUCGUCCUGCGCCGUCUGCCCUCCCUUGCCGACCGCUCGCGCUUCGCUUCCGUCUGCCGCCACUGGCUUCACGUCGCGACGCGGUACUCGGCGCCCUGCUUGCCUCGGGCGCUCCCGUGGCUCUACCUCCCCGACGGCUCCUUCCAAAGCCUCCCGGACGGCGAGCGGCACUCCUUCCGCCGCUUCAGGAAACAUGCGUGGUGCUCCGGCUCUUUCGGCAACUGGCUUCUGUUCCAGGAAGAGGGUAGGACUUGUCGCCAUCACUUCCUGACGAACCCUCUCACCAAAGCUACCAUGCGGCUUCCGAGUUACUGCAAUAAGCCUAUCUAUCUCAACUCUGAUGCCGCAUACAGCACGCGUUCCAGAUCCAUCCAUUUCUUCAUCCGCAAGGUCAUCGUGUGCUCAAGCGACCUCAUCGCCGCAAGGGUUACCUACCGGUUCCGCCGCCCGGACGUUGUUGCAUGUUGCCGGCCGGGCAUGUCGUCAUGGUCGACUGGCCUGUGCAAUGGCCAUGUGUACGAUGACAUGGCCUUCUACAAGGGGAAGCUCUACGCUGUCACCAUCCAAGGUGACCUCUUUGCGCAGGAGCUUACCGAUGACUGUGACACUGGGGAACCGAGGGUGUCUCGGAAUAUUGAACAGGUGAUUAGAGCGACACCACCGUUGGAGGCUGCCAGAAGAUGCUACCUUGUUAUCUCUCAUACCCUCAAGUUGUUGAUGGUAAGAUGGACCCCUCCUCGCGGCUCCACAAAAGAAAUGAAACUGAAAGUGUUCGAGGCAGAUCUCGAGAUGUCUCAAUGGUUAGAAGUGAAAAGCUUGGAUGAUCAAGUGCUCUUCGUCAGUUCAACCUGCUCCAAGGGCAUUAGCGCAUCUGAUCAUGGCGACUACGUGCAAGGGAACAAAAUAUAUUUCGUUGACGAUGGCCUUGGACAAAUUGAGUUCUCGGACCUUGUACAAAUUUUCUCUGGUGGGCCAACUAUAAAUCCACGUACCUGUGGUGUGUACGAUAUGAGCAGCGACACUAUCCAUUCUAUUUCACUGGGUGAAUUGCACAUAAGCGAUCGAACGAAGGCUUCAUGGUUCUUCCCAUGA